AUGCUUAAAGUGGGAUUUUCCAAUGCUCUGGUUGGCGUCGUGCAAUCACCAAAACAUGAAAUUACGCGCAAUGGCCUCCCCAUCAAUUUCACAUCCCGCAAGCCGCCAUGGUCAUAUCUUCGGCUUCAGCUAAUUACUCAACCAAAUCUGUCAUCGUCAGCCCUGGAUGAGCUGACAGCACGUACAUAUCUUACCUCGGCCCUCUCCCAAUUCCUUGGUGUAUCCGGCACCUCCAUAUCAAUUGAUAUCCUAAAGAUAGAAACCACUCCCCUGGAUAAAGAUAUACUCUGGAUUCGUGUUCCUCGCGACGACGCAGCAGCGGUAGUAGCAGCAGUUAGCUCUUGGAUUGGAGACGGUGGCCAAAAAGGAACCAAUGUUUCCUGGCGGAUCCGCGCGAAAGGUGGAUUUUUAUGCGCGUUAGUUGGGGGUUCUGGGAAAGAACUAUUCGCGCCCUGA